CGUCGCUGUCACAAGUGUCAGGAGGGUUACCACCUGAUCGGGCACGCUAAGAGGCACUGCCAGGCUAACGGCAUCUGGACCUCCGCCCCCCCUGAGUGCCGCGAGAACUUGUACUGCACGGAUCCCCUGUGAUCGCCAAUGCUCGCCACAACGGGAUGGCCGGCCAGGCACGCUUUGAGGUGAACCAAACUCUUCAGUACUCGUGUUUUGAAGGCUACACCACCAGGGGUUUGACGUAAGUGUUUCCUGUACAACAACACGAUGCAAUGGUUUGGACCAGAGAUACAGUGUGAACCCAAGACUUGUGGUGACCCCGGUGAGAUUCAGAACGGUUUUAAAGAGGGGUCCUGCUUCUCCUUCUCAUGUCGGGUUACCUACCAGUGUCGACCAGGAUUCCAAUUGAUCGGGCGAAACAAUUACUAUUGUCAACACGAUGGUACCUGGAGCCCACACGAGCUGCCUACCUGUUCACCGGUGCAGUGCGACAUCCCAGAGAACCCGGACAAAGGGAAGGCUAUCUUCAUCGCGGUAUCCUACAACGCAGUGGUAUCCUACGACUGUAACUACGGCUACAUGAUCGUGGGAUCCUCUACAAGACGGUGUGGGGCGGACAAGAAGUGGAGUGGUGUUAAACCUAUCUGUAAACAGAUCAACUGUGGUCACCCUGGUUACCUGUCCAACGGCUGGCUGGACAACAUCGACCAAGGAACGGCCAUGGGCGCCUCCAUCAUCUUCCGCUGUUACCCCAACAUGACUAUCGAGGGCGACCAGUCCACUGUCUGCCAGGCGGACGGCUCCUGGAGUAAACCCCUGCCCUUGUGUCUGGCUCCCUGUAUCGUGCCAACCAUCGACUUCGGAACACUACGCAACGAGACUCGCAGCGGUGACCAAGUUCCUCACGGCAGCAUCAUCGACGUUCAAUGUGACAAGAACUACGAACUGGCCUACAGUCUCGCCCCCUCCCUCUGUUACAACGGCACCUGGACCAAUUACCCUCGGUGCCAACCAGCACGGUGCAAGAAGCUCCCUGACCGCCCAAGACACGGGAUGGUGAUAGCACCGAAAACAGACCACGGCAAGAUGGCUCGGUACCGCUGCAAGGACGGGUACCAGCUGCAAGGGACUCUCAAUACCACCUGCGAGUAUGGUAAUUGGACAGGUACCACGCCCAGCUGUCAGGAAGUGUACUGCCCCUUCCCGGGAGAGCUGAUGCACGGUCGGGUCCUGCUGGUGGGUAACAUGGGCAUGUAUGACUACCGCUCCUAUGUUAAAAAGGUACGUAACAACAGACAGCUAAGGUUCGCGUGUAAUCGUGGGUUCUACCUAGUUGAGGGACCACCUGGUGCCACCUGUGUACACGGCAGAUGGAGCCCCAAGGAGAUGCCCAGGUGUAAACCCGACCUACACCCGAGGUUCCGUUGGCUCAAGAGGUCCGUCAACGCCACCGACUUCGCCCAGGCCUACAACAUGACGACCAAGGGUGACAACCACAUCCUUGACGACGGAGCUGAAGAGAAGAUCGCUAGUGGUGCUGAGACGACAGGAGACACCGAAGAAGGCGAGGAAGGAGCAACAGAGAGUACACUAGGAGGCGAGGAAGAGGAGGAUAUGGAAGAAGAUGGCAUAGAAGAAACGACAGAUGAAAAUGUAUUUGAAGAUCCAAUCAUUAAUGAAGAUGAGAGGACGAAAAUGAAGGAUCGUGUCACCAUCACCUCGACGACCACACCAUCAACACUGUCACCAAGACCUGAUUAUAUUCUCCUCCAGGCGACGACGCUCUCCUUCAACGAUGACCCCGACGGCAGAAACAAGCCCAGAGGUCUCUACAAGUUAGCCCCAUCAAGAUCAGAAACCCCUCCUCCUCCUCCUCCUCCUCCUCCUCGCGCUCCCUCUGGUGAGAAGAACCCAGCUGGUCUAGGGAAGAGGCUGAGGGGUCCACUGAUUGACUUCUAUAGGCUGCUGAGGACAGAAAAUACGCCUCACGAAGGACAUAAAAUUGAGAUCGGAGGCUGGCCAUCUUUAAAGCGGGUACCCAGGAGUGUGCUAGAGAAAGAGAAGAAAGACAAGAAGCGCAAGAGGAGGAAUAAGUGGAAGAAGAAGGGGAAGCGAGACUCGCCAGCCGUACCUCACUGUGAACCUAUCCCGAGCGAACCGUACCUACGUGUGGAAGUUAUACGUAAAGGCCGGGACAGCAACUACACGUACUCAGCCGGUGCACGUAUAAAGGUGACCUGUUUACAUGGUUACGGUCUAAACAUUGGUAACCGGACUGCCAAAUGUGCACGACGAGGAAAGUGGAAACCUAUGAAACCUGAGUGUGUGACUUUACCAUGCACCGUGUCAGAGGCUCUCCACGGACACUUUGAGUUUAAUGGCGUGGCGGUACGUGAACGAGCUAUCAUUAGUCAUGGUGAGGUGGGCAAGUUUUCGUGUCAGAAGGGCUACACCGUCCUUGGAUCAGAUACCAUGAGGUGUUGGUAUGGGUCUUGGGCUGUCACUGGCAAAAACCCCGAAUGCAUACCAAAUAAUUGCAUCUUACCUGAUCUGAAUCACGGGAAAUACACAGCUGGGUAUAAGAAAGGCCUAACCAUCAUCCACGGGCAUCAGUUGGUCACGUGUGAUGAAGGCUGGCUGGUGAGUAUUCCAAACGUCAACUGUUUCUUGGGGAACUUGAUGCCAGCGCCACCAGCCUGCACUACACCAGCACAUACCAGAGAGGUUAUCAACAGUGAACCAGCGCCUGUCAAGAGAGAACACACCGAAACUCCUCAAUACAGUACUGGCGGCGGUGACAUUACUGAUAUGGGAUUAUCCUCCAACCUGCGGAAGUCAUGCAGUCCUCCCAUAGUCGUUCCAGGUUCUCAAGGCUACAAAGGAGAGGAGCCGUUGGAUGAGAGGGACCAGAAGUUCCCAGAUGGUACGUUCGUCACCUUCUCAUGUAGGACCAAUAAUAUCGGGGAGAAGAACUCGUGGAAUAUGUCCUGCGUGGAUGGGUCCUGGCAGGGUCUAAGGUCACCUACGACGUGUGGUGCUGACGGGGCUGACGAGGAGGAGAACUUUGGUAACAAGUCUUGUACCUGGAGGAAGUCAGAACCUAAUGUGGUGACCUUCUACAACGAUCAAGAGGUCACGGAGGAGGUGGUCGACUUUGAACCCGGUGCUAAACUGGUGUCCAGGUGUUUUGACAUAGGCAAGUAUUCACUGAUUGGAUCAACAAGAAGGAGGUGUAUCGACGGUCAAUGGUCCGGGGAUAAACCAGCUUGUUUCGGCCUUAACCAGGAAAAUGACUACUCCUUGGACAAGCCGCCCACGAUUCUCUUCCGCAACGAGAACGGACCAAUGGCACAGAGUAAUGAAGGGAAGAUGGUAGUAUACCCCGGCACCGUCCUUCACCUUGAGUGUUUAUUCAUGAGGAAAUACGGUACACCCAAGUGGAACGUCUCACUCGCUAGUUCAACCCUAGGAGGCAAGAAUAGGAGGCGAAACAAAUUAAAGAAAGGAAAAGGCUUAGGGAAGACCAAGACACUCGGUGGAUUAGUGCCGUACCCAAACAGCUGGGCCAACGCUCCUGGUCGUAACAUGCAGCUGGAGUACCGUCUGUCAAUCUACAAGGCACAGGAGAAGGAUUCAGGGUCAUACGCCUGUGUUACUCCCCCUGGUCACAAACACGUGGUCCAAGUGGAGAUUAAGGCCGUCAACUGCCCAGAUAUUGGAGCCAUGAACAAGUCAGACGAGUUUGUCUCUCUCACCUACGAGCCUAUUGACGAUACCAAGAUGUCUACAGUGGUCGUGUUCUCCUGUGUUCCUGGGUCUUCACUCGUUGGAGCCCAGCAGAUAAAAUGUCUUCCAUCAGGCAACUGGUCGGCACCUAUCCCACGUUGUGAGAACAUAGAGUGCCCCGACGUGCGCCUGAACGUGAGUAGGUCGGGCCCGCGACUGACGAUGAUCGGGCGAGGUGUCGGCGGUCGGGUCUUGUUCACCUGCCCGCGAGGACACUCCUUGAAGGGCGCUGAUCAAGCUGUCUGCCAGGAGAGUGGAGAAUGGUCAACGCCACCUCCCACAUGCAAGGAAGAUAAAUGCAUUUCACCAGCACCUCCCCUCAACGGGAUCCUGACAGACGAGGGCCCCUUCCAUGCUGGAGACGUCGUCGAAGUCAAGUGUAGCCCUAACUAUAUGAUGGAGGGCCAGCCAUUGAUUGUGUGUCAGGAAGAUGGCCAAUGGUCUGAUGAAGUCCCCAAGUGUCUCCUUGCAUGUACAUACCCAGGCACCAUCAUCUCUGGUACUAUGAGUUCUAUCAAGUUCUACUACCCAAUCAACGACAACAUCACCUACACCUGCAGUUCCGGGUUCGUGUUGCGUGGGGCCCGAUCUAUCGUGUGUAGAGAGGGCGGGAGGUGGUCGGCGCCUGUACCAACCUGCCUACCCCGACCAAGAGCAGCGAAGUGAACUGGAAAAACAUAAAUUCCUUUGUUUUGAUUGCUUCGAAUGCUCUCUCUCUCUCUCUCUCUCUCUCUCUCUCUCUCUCUCUCUCUCUCUCUCUCUCUCUCUCUCUCUCUCUCUCAACACUGACGGCUGAAACUAUAGGUCAGUUCUAUAGAUUUGGUGAGACUCUUUUUCAUCACCUCUCUCCUCCUCAACUUGCUUCUCUCACAGACCAGAGCGAUGCGACGGCUGCAGGCGGUUGAUAGAUGGAUGUAGCUGACACUCACUUUCAUUCCCCUCCACCAAUAUUUCGGGAGUGUCAGGAGGUCAGCUGACAACAGGACGUCAGGGCUCGAGGAAGACUAUUUGCAGUACCUGUGUAGAAUAUCAAGUGAAUCCCAGUUUUGUGUCGUAGAAAAAAUAUAAAGAUAAUGGAACAGACGCUCGUAUAUUGAAGCAUCCUGUUGUAGUUAUUUAGAAAAGAAAGCAGAAAGUAAUCGAACAGACACUCAAAAGAUUCGAACAUUGCUAUAGAAUCCUAAAGUAAACAGAAGAAUGAAACUAACGGAGAAUAACAG